UCCAAAUCAAUGGCUAACCUAGUCGACCCGCUCAAAGUUGGCGCUUACGGAGUGAAGCGUCCUCUCGAGGAAAAACAGGAUAAAAUAAAACAACUUGAAGCUAACCACAAGAGGUAUUACCCAGUUGAUAAUCACGGCCAGCUCGAUGAAUGGGCUGCCGUUAUUAAGAACCAAGAGGAGCAAUACAAAAAUGAAAUGGAGCGAAAUCGGAUAGAGCGCAAGCUCCAUCAGCAGCAAUACGCCAAGGACCUUUCUAAAGGCAUCGAGGAUAAAUAAGAUGAAUCAUAAUUUUGACAAAAUGGUUCACGACCAUGAUGUCCGAGCGAUGCUUGAUAAACAGAAAGAAGUUGCUCAUCUCCAGAGAGGCCUUCAAGAUCGACAGAAGGAAGACAAAGUUCUACUAGGCCAGAUUUAUCAAAACCAGAUUGACCAGAAGAACAAGAGGCUUGAUAAUGAACAUAAGAUGGAGAAAGAACUUGAGAAAAUGCAAAUUGAUAGACUGAAAGGUAUAGACCCUGCUGCCUACGAUAAAUUAAAGAAGCAAGCAUACCAGAAAGAGAUACAAGAGAACCUUGAUCAAAGAAAACAAAUGAAACAGUAUGAAAUGGCUUUGCGAGAGAACUCGGUGAGAGAGUCAAGGAAACUUAUGGAUGACUACGCGAGAAAAGAGAUGAUCAAUGAGCAAGAAUAUAAGAACAAAUUCUCGAGAUUUGAUCAGGGAAUGGUAGAUCGACAGAAGAACUACAGUAAUUAUGUCAUAAAACCCACCCUUGAAAAACAGAGCAAACUUGAUCAGAUAGAAAGCAAAAAUAUGGCUGAAUACAAUAAGAAGAGGGAGGAAAAUGAGCUUGGAAGGGAAGCUUGGAGAAAAGCACAACUUAUGAACACUUCUACAGAGCAAAGAAACCAGAUGGCUGAACUUAGCAAACAACGAAUGCUAGACAAUGAAUUUAGACAAAUUGAAACAAAGAAUACGUCUGAGAGAGCAAAUGAGAUCAAUACUUUUGACCAGAUGAUCAAGGACGACAAGAAAAAAAGACAGGAUAUGUACAGAGAAAUGCUGUCUAGUCAAAUACAAUACAAUAAAGGACUCAAAGCAAUGGGAAAUAUGACAUAUGUCGAGAAGAAGCUUAAUAAAAUGGACCUCCGAGCUUAUAAAAAUAAUGGAAAAGUUCCUGAAGACAAGAAAAAUUCUUCUCCUAAGAAACAAACAUAUGAAGAACAGCAAAGGAGACUAGAUGCUUAUGGAUAUGGAAGGUACAUCAGCAAAGCUCCCUCAGUGAAUGUGAUUGAAAGUUAUAAUGGGAACUCUCAUUCUUUAGAGAGAAACCAGCCAGCAGGACAGAAUAUGAAUAACUCAUAUACUGUAGGUGCUCAGCCUUAUCAUACUGUCAAUCAAAGAGAUCAUUCAGCGACUCCACAUUCUAGAAGAGCUACAAACUCAACCAGAGCAGAUCCUUCAAACAGAUCCCUUCGAAACGCUGGCGCAAUCUCAAUGUCUCAAGAACAAAGACCUGCUGGUAGUCCUAGCGGCGUCUUCCAUUACAGAAACCAAGCCUUAUAACCAUCCAAACUCAAUUUCCCAAUUCCAAAAU